UUCGGGCGGUGGUAAAGUAUUCAAAGUUGGAAUGGGAGGGAACGGAAGCAAUGACGUAAGCUCUACUCACAAUUUCACACUUCUCUCCGUACCCAACCGAAGCAAUGACGUAAGCAGCAGUAGUCACAAUUUCAUUCACACUCUAUAAAUAACCUUCUUAGCAACUGCUCUCUUAGUCUAUAUAGCAACUAUACACAUAUAACCUUCCAAAAAAAAAAAAAUGGCGGGAGUGAGGAGGAUGAAGCUAGGUUCACAGGGUCUAGAAGUAUCAGCACAGGGACUGGGUUGCAUGGGCAUGUCUUUCUUCUACGGCCCACCCAAACCCGAUUCCGACAUGAUUGCCCUUAUCCACCACGCCAUUAAUUCCGGCGUCACCUUCCUUGACACCUCCGACGUUUAUGGUCCUUUCACCAACGAAAUCCUCAUUGCCAAGGCUCUGAAGGAAGGGUUUAGAGAGAGAAUUGAAUUAGGAACCAAGUUCGGUUGCACCUUUUCCGACGGCAAGGGGCAUAUGCGCAGUGAUCCGGCGUAUGUUCGGGCCUGCUGCGAGGGCAGCUUGAAGCGGCUCGGCAUCGAUUGCAUUGAUCUCUAUUACCAGCAUCGCGUUGACACUACCGUCCCCAUCGAAGUCACAAUGGGAGAACUCAAGAAAUUAGUUGAAGAGGGUAAAAUCAAAUAUGUAGGUUUAUCAGAAGCCUCUGCUUCAACAAUUAGAAGGGCACAUGCUGUUCAUCCGAUAACAGCCGUGCAGUUGGAGUGGUCAUUAUGGACGAGAGAUGCAGAGGAAGAAGUUAUUCCUACUUGCAGAGAACUUGGCAUUGGGAUUGUUGCAUACAGUCCUUUAGGACAAGGAUUCCUUUCUUCAGGUCCCAAGAUGAUUGAGAAAUUGUCAAAUGAUGACAUCCGUAAGUGUCUGCCAAAGUUCCAACCUGAGAAUGUUGAGCAUAACAAGAACUUGUUUGAGCGAGUAAAUGCUAUGGCAGCAAGGAAGGGAUGCACGCCAUCACAGCUCGCAUUGGCCUGGGUCCAUCACCAAGGAAAUGAUGUGUGCCCCAUACCCGGCACCACCAAGCUUGAAAACUUCAACCAAAACAUUGGUGCUUUAUCUGUGAAGCUAACGAAGGAAGAAAUGGCUGAACUCGAAGCCAUUGCCUCAGCUGAUGCUGUUAAAGGAGAUAGAUUUGGGGGUGUUUCAAUCACUUGGAGGGAAUCAAACACUCCUCCAUUGUCCUCAUGGAAAGAGGGUAAAAUCAAAUACAUAGGUUUAUCUGAGGCCUCUCCUUCAACAAUCAGAAGGGCGCAUGCUGUUCAUCCAAUAACAGCUGUACAGUUGGAGUGGUCGUUAUGGACAAGAGAUUCAGAGGAAGAAGUUAUUCCUACUUGCAGAGAACUUGGCAUUGGGAUUGUUGCAUACUGUCCUUUAGGACAAGAAUUCCUUUCUUCAGGUCCCAAGAUGAUUGAGAAAUUGUCGAAUGAUGACAUCCGUAAGGUUCUGCCAAAGUUCCAACCUGAGAAUGUUGAGCAUAACAAGAACUUGUUUGAGCAAGUAAAUGCUAUGGCAGCAAGGAAGGGAUGCACUCCAUCACAGCUCGUAUUGGCCUGGGUCCAUCACCAAGGAAAUGAUGUGUGCCCCAUACCCGGCACUACCAAGCUUGAAAACUUCAACGAAAACAUUGGUGCUUUAUCUGUGAAGCUAACGAAGGAAGAAAUGGCCGAACUUGAAGCCAUUGCCUCAGCUGAUGCUGUUAAAGGUGAUAGAUUUGGGGGUAUUUCAAUCACUUGGAGGGAAUCAAACACUCCUCCAUUGUCCUCUUGGAAAGGCGAUUAAACCCACCCCUCUGCCUCCUUUAGUUCCUUCAGGACCAAUGUUGUUGUGAUUUUGUAGUGAAAAGGUGAAUAAACACACGCCUCUGCCUCCUUUAGUUUCUUGAGGACCAAUUUUGUUGUUAUUUUGUAGUGUUUUAAAACUUCUUGUGUGUCUGCGCCUCUUGUUGUUCAGAAAAAAAAUUGUAUUUUCCACUUUUGUUCAAGAACAGAAUAAACAGAAUAUACAAGUACAUGUGUUUGUGUGUGUGUGUAUAUAAUGUA